UGUUAGCACAGAACACAGAGAUCAGACUCUCUCACUGGCUCUCUCUGGACUAAGCAUUAAUGGACGAUACUGGCUGAAAUAGGCUUAUGAUUUCACACCCAAUAUUUUCGGAAACAAUUGGCAGACAUUCCCUGAGGGAGAAUCGGCGGCAUUUCCACAUUACCAUGGGAACUGCAAGUGCAGAAAGGCUCCGGGACUGCAAAGGGCGAGCCCUAUUCUGCAUGAUACUGGUUACCGUUUGGGAAGCAGUUUCUGGGCAGAUUCGCUAUUUUAUUCCGGAGGAAAUGGAGAGAGGGUCUUUUGUGGGGAACAUCGCAAAGGAUCUGGGGCUGAAUGUAGAGCAGCUCUCAGACCGCGGAGUCCGUAUUGUUUCCGGAGGUAAGACUCAGUACUUUGCUUUAGAUUUCAAGACCGGCCAUUUAUACAUCACCGAGAGAAUAGACAGAGAGCAGAUCUGUGGCCGAGUGGAGAAGUGUUUGUUAAACUGUGAGCUUAUAGUGGAGGAUAAAAUGAAACUUUUUCCGGUCGAAGUUGAAAUCACAGAUAUUAAUGAUAAUGCUCCCAGCUUCCGGUCAGAAGAAUUCGAUUUAAAAAUCAGUGAAACAAGAGCGCCAGGAUCACGGUUUUCUGUGCGUCAGGCAGAGGAUCCGGAUAUGGGACUAAAUUCCAUCCAGAGCUACCAACUCAGCAGUAACACGCAUUUCUUACUGGAUGUAGAAACGCGAUCUGAUGGAGUAAAAUACGCCGAAGUGGUGCUGGAAAAGUCUCUAGACCGGGAAGAACAAGCCGUUCACAAUCUAAUCCUCACAGCCACUGACGGGGGAGAUCCAGUCAGAUCCGGCACUGCGCAAAUCCGCGUUAUUGUUCUCGAUUCUAAUGACAAUGCCCCAGUUUUUAGCCAGCCUGUCUACAAAGUGAGCGUUUGGGAAAAUGUGCCUGAAGGUUCCACGGUUGUUACAGUAAAAGCCACUGACCUCGAUGAAGGAGUCAACAAAGAGGUGAAAUACUCUUUCCAAAAAAUCACAGACAAAGCUCUUCAGAUGUUCCACUUGGACCCAAAAACGGGUGAAAUAACAGUCGUGGGGAAACUGGACUUUGAGGAAGCUGCAUUGUAUGAAGCUGAGGUGCAAGCGCAUGACGUGGGAGGUCUUUUCGACAAAUCGAAAAUUGUAAUCCUUGUUAGUGAUGUGAAUGAUAACGCCCCGGAAAUCGCUCUCAGGUCUUUCAUUAGCUCGAUCCCCGAGGACUCUCCACCCGGGACUGUGAUCGCCCUUUUAAAUGUGCAAGAUGCAGACUCAGGAGACAAUGGGGAGGUCACGUGCUCCACACCAGGCGACCUCCCCUUCCAGCUGAUGAAACCCUUCCAUAAUUAUUACAGUCUGGUGACAGACCGAGCCCUGGAUAGGGAGCAGGUGGCAGCAUACAACAUCACAGUGACCGCCACGGACAAUGGGACUCCUCCGCUUUCUACAGUCACUACGAUCCCACUCCGGAUUUUAGACACGAACGACAACGCCCCCUUCUUCGAUCAAACAUCCUACACCGCCUAUGUCACUGAGAAUAACCCGAGAGGAGCCUCCGUUUUCUCCCUGAAGGCUAAUGACCCUGACGAAGGGGAGAACGCCAGAGUCACCUACUCUGUUACCGAAGGUCAGAUCCAGGAAGUUCCUCUCUCCUCCUCCAUCUCCAUUAACUCCGAGACUGGGGUUCUCUACGCUCUGCGCUCCUUUGAUUACGAACAGUUCCGGGAGAUUCGGUUCCAAGUGCAGGCUCAGGACGGAGGUUCCCCACCUCUCAGCAGUAAUGUCUCCGUCACUCUCUUUCUACUGGAUCAGAAUGACAACAGCUCGCACAUCUUACACCCCUCCUUUCCCACCGAUGGCUCCACGGGAGUGGAGUUGGCCCCUCGCUCCUCCGAGCCGGGUUACCUGGUCACUAAGGUGGUGGCGGUGGAUGCAGACUCCGGGCAGAACGCCUGGCUCUCCUACCAGCUGCUGAAGGCUACAGAGCCGGGGCUCUUCUCUGUGGGACUCCACAGCGGCGAGAUCAGGACGGCGCGCUACUUUCUCGACAAAGAUGCGCUCAAGCAAAGUCUGGUGGUUUUAGUGAAGGACAACGGGCAGCCCCCUCUCUCUGCCACGGCCACUGUCACGGUGGUGGUGGCUGACAGCAUCCCCGAAAUCCUCUCCGAUUUAAGCAGCCUCUCAGCUCCUGUAGACCCCCAGUCCAGCCUCACCUUGUAUUUGGUGAUCGCUGUGGCUUCCGUUUCCUGCUUGUUCUUUACCUUUCUCAUAGUGUUAGUGGCGCUGAGGCUCCGCCGGUGGAGAAACUCGCAGCUGUUUGACUCCUCGAGUGUGACUUUCAGUGGAGUUCCCGUCUCGCAGUUUGUGGGGCUCGAUGGAGUCAGAGCUUCUCUUCACUCCUACUCACGUGAGGUUUCUCUCACCACGGACUCCAGAAAGAGCCAGUUCAACGUUACCAAAUCAAACGAUUCAAAUACUCUGACUAGUCAGCAGACUUACGAGAUAAAGAAUCCUGUUCUAAUGACUGAAGAGUUAUACAUUAAUAACGGGGAUCAGACCUCUUUUGUUCAGGUGAGCUGA